AUGGGUCUAGCUUAUAGUCGUAUUUUCGAACGCAUUGGGGAUGCGAAGAUCGUCGUCACAGGUCCGCCUCACGUUGGAAAGAAGACUCUGUUUUCCCGGCUCAACGUUGGUGAAAGCGAAGCUCUCUUCGAAGAACCGAGGAGUCAAGAGUAUGAGGACUGGUUGUAGUAGGUGAGUCUUCACAAAUCUUGAAGUCGAAACUGCCAAUCUGCAUUAGAAUAUACAACUUGACCACAUUCACAUAAUUUGGCUCAUAGUUACAGUACUCAAGAAAAGUAACCGGUUAGCUUUCCCUCAGAACCUAGGUCUAUCCCACCAAGCAAUAGUUACAGUACUAAAGAAGCAGUGGAUAAAAUUAUCAACAUGAAGAACCGGUAAAUGAAUGAAUGAAUGAAGAGCAGCACCACCUUAACCUUUCCUCUCAUAUCUGCGUUGCGCGAGGCUUUGCAAUACGACAUACUGUUGGGCGACCGAUGUACUCUUUUGACCUGGAUCGAAGGUCAUGGGCUAAAUAUUAAGACGUUUUUUCUGCUCUAUUUAACACCCAUGUAGUUUGUUUCAAGAAGAAACAUGGUCCGUCCAAAGACCAUUGAAGGCGCAUGCACCGGAACCUCUAAAAGUAUGCACCGGAGAUGCGAAAACACUAUGGGGAUGCUGACGGGAUAAUUUUUUUGGUGGAUUCUACAAGCGAUCGAGAAGACCUCAUGGACACACGAGAUCUCCUUCACCGAUUACUCAAGGACCGUACUUUACUGGUGACUGUUAUACUAAUUUAUUUCUUACACAGAAGAUUAGUCUUUCAAGGAUCAUCCUCGUACUUGUUACACUUAAAUUAGACUACAGACGUACUUACACCGAAGAUUAGUCAACGACCUCCGCACGACUUUUCUUCAACAUUAGUGUUCAAAAAGAUAGAGAAUACCAACAACCUUAUCAACAGCUUUGGUCGCAGAUAGUGUUAUCCUCGUGUUGGCGAACAAGCAGGACGUGCCUGGCGCGCUGAGCGUCUCUUCACUGACGCGGGCUUUGUUUAUGCUGUGGUUUGUCUUCUCUCUGAAAGUAAAACAAAAAGAAAAUAUUCGUAUUAACUUUUUCCAUGACCGAGUCAGGCAGUCGAUUAGCAGAGUAACUCUCGAACUUCUUCCACGCACUCGAAAAAAACCACCUCUCUCUGAAACCACCUCUCGAAACAAACACGACGCCUCAAACAUUCCUCACUCUUCUUCUAAUUUUCCCCUGGAAGCCUUCAACCAGAUGAUCUGGCGUGUUGUGCCUACAUCAUGCGUGAAUGAAGAAGGCGUGUACGAAGGGUUAGACUGGCUGUCGAGAACACUAGUGAAAAAAGCUGAAAUUGCACAAAUGCCACUAGGGGGAUGAAUCCUGAUGCACGCCUUUUUAGCGCACAAAUAUGCAGCUUGGUGAGUAGAGCAAUGGAGGGCAUGAUGCCAGAAACGGCCUCUUUGCGAGGACCCUCUUUGCUCCUUGCGCAAGCAGGGACGCUGUGAGAGCAACGUGAACAAUAAAAGGCUGCUGCAUGAUCUUUUGCUGGAACACCACAUCAUCCCAGUCGCGCUGCUGGUUUUUAUCCGGCACUCAAGCAGGGGUUAGUUAGGUGCCAACAAGGUGGCGUUCUUCGGGACCAAGACGGUCGUGCAUUUAUUACUGCGCAUACAGGGAGGUGUACUACACAGUGCAUUGACUUAAGCACUUGCAUGCAAACUGAUGAUCACGUUCGUAGAACUGUAUCUAUGACCGAAGUGCAGAA